AUGAGAAAUAAUGACAACGGGGUGACAUUUGAGUGUGAGAAUUCGAUACUGUUGCGCACUCAACGUGUAAGUAUGUUGUCAGAGUUGAAGAGUUUGAUAUUGAGCAACUUCGGUGGUAUAGAAGCGAGGGAGGUCAGAAGGAUAGGGUAUAAGUUGCUAGCAAAUAUGGGUAAUAGAGUUUUCCGGUUUCGACAAUUUCGCCUUUUAGGGGACGAGCAUGUUCGACUCAUGUUCGACAUCCAUGGGAGGAUCAUGGCGGAACAGGUGAUGGAGCUUUACGCCAAAGUUGGAGAUAUUGGUGGUGGUGGUUCUGUACAUUCGACCAAUGUCCAGGACGAUCGACCUCUUGCACCACCACCGAUCCAUCUCGCCAUUCCAGUUGACGAGGCGGAGGAGGGCGACGAGGAGUUAAACGAAGAAUACAUGGCGAAUAGUGCCAACAGUGAUUCUUCCGAAAGGGGCGAUGAGGAGGAGUUUGUACCCGAGACGCUCGCCCAGACUGUGGCACACCAUGUCUUACCUCCACCUCACCCAAUUCCGACGCUAUCGGCAGUGCCAAGUCACUAUCAUAGUCUGGAUCUUGACGCCAUGCAUGAGAGGACUCCAUUUUCUAACACAAGAGAAAAAGAUUACAACUUGGACAGUGGGGUAGAGUUUCGGGUCGGCCAUAGGUUCAAAUGCCGAGAUGCAGUGCUACAGGGUGUGAAGAACUAUAGUAUUUGCAGGAGUGCUGAGUACCGGGUGAUCGAAUCGGACCGAUUAAAGUACCAUGUGCAGUGCCGGCAAGCUGCAAAUGGGUGUCAAUGGAGCCUCUGUGUGGCCCUUCGACAGAACUUCGGAUACUGUGAGGUUCGGAGGGUUGGUGGAGUGUACAGUUGUUUAGAACUCACCAUGUCUCAAGACCAUCGUCAGUUAGACAGCAGUCUCAUCUGCAGGAUCAUAUUGCUAUUGAUACAGUCCAACUCUUCCAUCAGCAUUUCAGUGUUGCAAGGUGUGGUAUGGGCGAGCUAUCACUUCAAACCCUCCUACAGAAAGGUAUGGAUGGCGAAGAAGAAAGCAAUUGCACAGAUCUACAGGGAUUGGAAAGAGUCAUACAAUAUGGUGCCGAAGCUGCUUCAGGCACUACAGUAG